AGGAAACACCCGUGGGAUUAUCCGUUAUAAAACCGUAGAACUUUAUAGCCACUCACUGGUGACAUCAACCUUCAUCAUUUCACAAGCUCUCACUGUGCAAGUUUCACUGAAUGUGGACCAAAGCAGAAUGUAUCUGAGAUCUCAAAGCAGUAUUUGACGUAUUGAAUUGUUACUUUUCAGCCAUUUUAGGUUGACGAAGUUAGUUGCCUCAUGUGCCUAACUGUACCAGUGAAGGAGCCUCUUCGGCUGAGAUUUCAAAACAGUAUUCGACGUAUUGAAUUGUUACUUUUCAGCAAUUUUAGUUUGACGAAGUUAGUGCCUCAUGUGCCCAACUGCAGCAGUGAAGGAGCCUCUUCGGCUGGACACUCCGACUUCACAAUUUGGAGAAAAAGAAUGAGAAAGAGAGUCUAUCACCAAGUCUUUUUGCGUGUGCUUGUUCUAAGCAUUAACAUAUCGUCCAGGAAACUAGUUACAGGAUCAGGCUUUGCAGAAUAAUAGAACCACACGCAAUUAUUUGUAAUAGACAGCAAUGUACCAUGAGAACUACAGUUGCUGAAGAUAACGAAUACUACAACAAUUUCACCUCACUCUCUUUUCACUGCAUUCCCUACACGUUUCACAAUAGCUUUCCCUCUACCUUGAAAAUUGAUUCAAGCGAACGACGGUUAAAACCGAGGAGGAUGAGUUUGUUUCAAGAUUUUGCUGGUGGAUAAGUUGCACAGGCUCAUUUGUGCAAUGCUUCACUUGUUUAGAAAUUUAACCAGUAUGCACUGGUUAAAUUUCUAAACAAGCGACUUUAACGGGUCCAGCGGCACAAACAUGGCCUUCAAGAGAUUCAUGCACAAGUGGUCUUAAUGUAAAAAGCACAUAUCUGACAUGGGGAUUCACUUAAUCACAAGCCCAGGUUUUUAUAUAUUUUUUUCCUCUCACCUUUUCUCAAGAUUUCAUUACGUAUUUGUACUUCUCGUAUUCGACUGAUGCCUUCAAUAAUUAUAGCAGACAGAAACAAUUCUCAGGUGCUGCCGAAUGCAGUCCCCCAAAUGUAAUCAACUACAAACAAUUUUCUUCAUUCCCAGUUCUCACUACCAGCCACUUGGUAUUAUGCUCCAAUCGUUUCCUUCUAUCGAUAAUGCAAGAUGAUUUCGCAGCUUGCUUUCUGAACGUCGUCACGGUUGCUAAGCAUGGAUCCCGCUGGGAGUCUUGGAGUGAAUCAAACCUUCGUCAUUCGACGGCAUACCUGGUGGCGAUCUUCUAGUAUGGCGAAUUUCUGCAGCAGUAUAACAGUUGCGAGACUUCAACGAAAUGUUUGUGUCACCAAUGAAUGGAGGUGGGGGACGCGUGGAAUCUAAUGUCCUAAGUUCAGCUCUCUUGGAGAAAUUUAACAUCAACCCAACUUAGUAUACCUAUCAGUAUUCAAGCGAACAAUUGCAUGUUUCUGCAAUUAUACGUGAGAUUUCCUUUGGGAGGCGACUAUCGGCUUGCUAAAGACUGGGAUCCGGAUGCUGUCCCUGAUGUUUGCAAAGUAGGCUGUAGAUAUUCUCUUCUCACUGACAUUGGAGCUAUAUUAGUGAGAGUAUUUUCGAAAUGUUUAGAGCAGCUGGACUCGUUUCCCAGUCUUGAAGAGCAGGGUAGAACUUCCAAACAUUCCAGACAAAUAAUCACUGCAACCAGCGACAUCUCGCAAAGUGUGACUGACAAACAUGGACGUCUGUUGCAGAUACGCAGAUGCAGAGGUUUUUAUCGAUGAAGAGCAGAAGUGAAAUAUUGAUUUCGUGUCUCAACAAAGCCGGGAGUGCUCUAAUUUUUGCGAGUGAUACACUUACUUUGCGCCUGACCUUCAAUAAGAACUUUUGAAUCGUCCAUCUGAGCUACACUUUGCAUUUAUGAGGUGGUGUGUAACAAUUAAACUGAAAAAUUUGAAGAAUGAACGCAUUAGGAUCUUAAACUACACAACAUGAACGGCUUUCCGAGUGAUGAAGAUCAUCUCGUCAUAUGAGUUCGGCAAUUGAACUGUGCAAGUCGGUUGUCAAAUACCUUAGUGCUGUGAGUGUUGCAACCCAAUCGCCAUGAAGGUUUACCUGAAUCAAUUCUCAUUACUGGUUAGUAUGAAUGUGUGUAAUUCCCAUCCUGUUAUUUUCCAACCGAAGACUUUUAACAGGCCACUCAAGGAAGUAUAAAUGUUGUUUACAUUAAAAAAUUGAUAAAAAAUCAGCAAUGAAUAACUACGACCCGCUUUGAAAUCUAAGCGUGUAUUGUCGUCCACCAUGUACUCGUGUCGGAAAUAUGUUCACUGUAGGGGGGGAGCUACUGCACCUAGUGACUCAGUACUUUCAGUGAAAGAAUUAACUGAGUCUGCAUCAAUUUGAUUGAAACAUAAAUUCCUCAUUUAUGGUCUGUAACUGCAUCCUUCGGUGAAUCACGCUGCAGCACUCUACUGGUCUAUUCAAAGUAGAUGGUGGCAAAUGGACGGGAGAUUUCUUACAGCGACAGCUGAUGGCAGCUGUAGGACAGAAGAUGGAUCAGUUUCCAUUGAAGCGGCUGUAAAUUCCCAAGGCGCUCAACCAGGGGCGCACACGGUGAUACAAGACUGGUAGAAGAUUUCGUGCUCCUUUGUUGUUCACCUUUUGGGAAACUCGGUUCAUCUCCGAAGACUGUGUAGAACGGUUUAGAGACUGGGUUUGAAUGAAGGUUUUACGAAGCAACCGUAGUGGAAUGGUGGAAGCAGAAGGUUCUGAAAACUCAUCAGUUGAAGGAUAAUGUAGCCAUGGCCGAUGCAAUGUAGAGAGAAAUUUUUAGCACAACGAGCCAUGGAGCUCAAGAUUGAGUCCACAGCUUGCCAAGAUCUCAAUGUUUGGAAGUUGGUUGCGACGGAAGGGAAGGAAGUGGACUCCCUGAACAACCUAAAACUUGUUCUGGUUUAGAUUGAAAUCUGCACCAAAGCACUCGCAGUCCUACAGCGACCAUGGCCUUACGUCGACAAACUUCGAGACUGUUUUUUGUAACUCUGCUCCUGAUUGUGCUAAUUGCAGUUGUAGGCGUGCGAGCCCAAACUCUUCUGAAGGAUUCCGCCUCUGCAAGCAACUGCUUGUUUCCAAAUACCUCCAGGAUCUCCACCACAGCUUGUUCCCCUAACGACUCCACAUCAAUGCUGUCCACAAUGCUGCCGUGCCAGCCAUACUUGGAUGAAGACGAGGAAGCUCCCAGCACCAUAUGCUGUGGAGCAGUGCGCAACGUCUCAACUUUUAGUAUACCGUGUCUGUGCAAGUAUGUGUUUUACCCCGCACCCAUCGUCAACCACACACGGGGGAGGCUCACGCCUGCCCUUUGCAAUAUGACCGCUGACUUGUGCCAUGACUGCGCUGCCUUUCUCGUCCCCAAAGACCCGGAUCAUCACUGGAACUCUUCCCAAGAUCAUUCAGAAGAGAAGAUUAUAUCAUACAGGAGGAAAGUGAUAGGACUUGCAGUUGUGCUGGGUUUUUCCAUGGCUUGCAUCAUUGUCGGCAUGGCGUUGUUGGUCCGGAAGAAACUCAAGCAACGAAAAGCUCUGACCCCAGUUCUGAAGACGGAGUUUCAGGCCAAGCAACCUGGCAGCGAUUACUGAGACGACCUAUCCUUGGACCCACUCUCAGCUCCCACACAGCAAGCUCAGAAUCUAUCUCUUGGACGCAACUCAAUCAACCAUCUGAUUCUCGUAACCAAGAGUCUCUCGCUCCAGGACCACCGAAGUGUGGGUUUUAGCUCUGCGUUCUGCAAGCUCAGAUGUUCACCAUGCGGCUCACGUGGAGCAGACCCUGUUGCAGGCAUCAGUCAUUGCCUGGAUUAGUUAACAGCAGUUGACAAGUAGUUAAGAAGCGCAGUCAACUACACAAACAUCAGAAGUCUUUGCAAGAUGCUGUAAUUUAGGUUCUGGAACACAGUUCUGCUCAAAAAUUUAAUUUAAUUUAUUUUAAUUUAUUUAUUUUUAACA